UCUCCCUCUAGUUUCAUAAAAACAGCUAAUUAACUAGAUAUCUCCAUAUAUUCUGAUCAAAGGGAUAUCAAAAUAAUGGAUUGCAAUUUUCUCAAGGCAUGCCAAAACAAAUGGCAAAAGAUGGGCACCAAAGUCAUAACUUGUGCAAAUUGUGGCAAAUGUUGCAAGUGGACAAAAUGGCCUUUUGUGCAAGAAGAUAACACUCUCCCAAGGGAUGUUCCAAAGGGUCACUUGGUGGUAUAUGUAGGAAAAUACCAAAAGAGGUUUGUAAUCAAAAUCACUUUGCUCAAGCACCCACUUUUCAAAGCAUUGUUAGAUCAAGCACAAGAAGAAAUUUAUGAUUUCACUCACGUUGAGUCGAAAUUAUGGAUCCCUUGUGAUGAAAACAUAUUUUUAAGUGUCAUAAGAUGUGCCACAUCUCCCAAAAAUCGACGUAUCUCAAUUUGCUUUUGAUAUUGAUCUUGAUCAUAUAUAUAGCUUGUGAUUAAAUUUCAUUAAUUCAUGAUGUUCAACUCAUAGAUCAGAAUGUUAUCAUCUAUUAAGUCUAUAACAUGUCGUAGGCAACAUGUAAUUGUAUGUAUAUU